GACGCUUAUCGCUUUCCGUAGACGUGCCGGUUUGUUUGUGCUAAAUAGCUAUGUGCUAGUAGCUGUUAAAAACCUCUUGAAUUUGGAAGUAAAUAAAGAGUCCAAUCAGAUUGGCGGAAAAUGGUUGUGAAUCUUUGUCUGCCGCAUUUUUACACAACAGCUCAUUGCAACAAGUUGUGUGCUGAUGGCUAUGAUGUCACAAACCUUGUGUCUGCUGACGCAGCUCUCCGUAGGCGGGGCUUUAAACUGGAGUACUUUCUCCGUCCGCCCCUGGAGAUGACCCUGAAGUUUGGCUUCCAGGUGGAGCUUUGCAGGGUGGAUGUGGAGCUGUGGCCUUGGGGAAUGGACCGAGGACAGGCUCACAAAAGACUGGAGAUCAGCACCAGUUCUGAUCUGCCAACCACCCGGCAAAAGCAGCUCGGACAAACGGACGAGAAAAAGAUGCAGCUGAAGGACCGCAAAGGCCAGAACGGACCGAAACACCGGAAAGAUGGCGGUAGAUCGCCGCGGAGCAAUGCGCACAUGUGGAGUUUCCAGGCCCGGCAGUCGGGCGACGCGUCGGCCGGUGACCCUCAACCGGCCAGCCGUGUGCUGGACAGUCACUCACACACUGAGUCCGGCACGUCUGAGCCCACGUUUAAGCUGGUAGCUCGUUGUGAACUGACAGAGGAGACUCGGCUCUGCUUCAGGCAUUCAAAUUAUCGCCCCCAGGCCCCCUUUCUGUCCCCUCCUCCCCCGCAGCCGGCCGGCUGCCGGCAGGAGGAGCUGUGGAGCCGGGGUCUGGCCUCUCUGGGCGCCGUCACGCAGCUCCGGGUGACCGUGCCCAUGGGCGGCGCCGCGUCCUCUCUGGGGCUCAAAGCGCUGGCCGUGUGGGGCCAGCCUGCUCGCUGCUGCCCCACAGAGGAAGUGGAGAGGAUCAAAAGAAUCCACGCGGCCAGUGAGAGACAGCUUUCCAGACCUACGUUUUUUGCCCCUUCUGCCCCUUCACCACCUGUACAGGUUCCUCCAAGUUUCUCCAUCCCAGAAGAGUUUCUGGAUCCUAUAACUCAGGAGGUGAUGAUGCUGCCCAUGCUGCUGCCAAGUGGAGUGUCGGUGGACAACUCCACCCUGGAGGAGCACCAAAAGAGGGAAGCCACCUGGGGUCGACCACCAAAUGACCCCUUUACCGGCGUGCCGUUCUCCUCGGCCUCCCAGCCUCUUCCCAACCCGCUGCUGAAGGGCCGCAUUGACCACUUCCUGCUUCAGAAAGGGCUGAUGCAGAGGGACGGCAUGCUAGGGGGACCGGACCAAAGGGAGAAGCCGCAAGCCUCAAGACUUGUAACCUCCCACACACAUAAACAGUCUCAGAAUUCUCCAUGUUCCAGUAAGAGUUCAGAGGACAGGUUCGGUGUUAAGUCCAGUUCUGAUGACAAAGAUUUGAACCGGACCUCUGACCAAACACAAGAUCCUGGAUCAGGGUCAUCGUCAAAUCACCAGAAACACACUCCUAACGCUCGCAUCGUUCGGACAGAAAUUAAGUCAGAGAUGGACCGAAGGAAGAAACGAGACAUAAGUGAGAUUUUCAAAGAAUCCACGGAAGUGUCAACAAGUAAAAAGCAGCCGCAACCUGAGACGAAAAGACCAAGAACCGAUUUGAUUUCCGCCCCCAGCGGCAGCACUCAUGAGCAGCGUUUGUCAGCUAGUUUGGACGAGGCCCUCCUCUCUGCCCUGAGGGGUCGACCCUCCUUCACGUCAAACCUGCCCCAACAAAGUGACUCUACCCCUCUGAGUGGCACAAAGCAGAGCGAGAGUGCGAACAUUUCCAACACGUCUCCAGGUGGAAACACCUGCUCGGCGUGCGCCGGCUCGCUGUCUGCGUACUCCACAUCGGCCUCGCACAUCUACCGGCUGGUCUGCGGCCACUAUCUCUGCCGCCCAUGCCUCCGAGAUGAAUCCAAACCAUCGAGCGGGGACUCCGCAGCGGCCUCCAGUCCCCUUUUGUGUUCGACUUGCCAAAACCCUUCCCCUCGUGGUCACAUCACGCGUGUUCAUCGCUGACAGAUAAGACGCAGACGGACACCUCAAAACGAUUCCCCACCAUUAGAUUUACAGCUGAACAUUCGGGUCCUGGAUUUAAUCCACCCCACUCCUGAUUCACUUUGCUGGAUACUACCUCUGUUGCACUUUUGAAUAAACUCUAAACAUGCCAAAUCCUCCAUUUGUUGGAUGUACUUUUCUGUUUAAGACACUUUACAGAACUACUGCCAAGCUUGUCUGUCAUUUGCCUUUAUUCCUCACUCAAAUGUGUUUUUACCGCAUCUCUUUCGGUGAAUUGUCUCUACUUUUUCUUUUUUUAGCUUGCAUUGUCUCAGAUUCAUCAUAUUAGAUUCUGUUGACCAACAGAGGAACAGCUAACGUCAUUUUGAAAGCACGAGUGUAUCAAAAGACACCUGCGUAUGUAACAUCUCCUGUCGUCUUCCAGCCUGUCUCUCUUUCUUCGCCUGCUCAUUGGAAGUGUAAUUGCAGCCUUGGUACUGCCCUCUUCUACAGAUGUUGGAAAAUAAAGAUGCAUUGAGAAUGCACAAUGAGAAGGCUGAGGGACAGCGACACUGAGCUGGAGCCUCGAGAAUUUGAGUGGACAUAGAGUUGAUCCAAGGCUCUGUGGUCAUUGUGAAGGAAGCCAUGUGUAUUCCGUGCUCAUGUCUGGCCCUUACUUCCUCACGUCCUAUUAGGAUGUACUUUUGGAGCAACGGAAAAAGAUUUACAGUUCUUUAUUAAAAUGCUGACCAACUACUUCAAAUCAGAUCCUUUCAAAAGUUUUAAUUCCCCGUGCUUUCAAGGUAUGCGGUUAAACAUGUUCGUUUUUGCUCUCACGAUGGCGUGAGCCAUUGUGCGCAAAAGGGUUAAACAGAGCAAAGGCGGGGAUGUGGUGUAUAUUAUUCCCAAUAACAAACAGCAUCCUUUCUGCGUUGGUUACCCCGGUAACGUUUAGCUUAACGGGGGUCGUGAUCCCGUACCCGCUCAGUGAGACUGAAAUCACCGGCUCCGUAUGCGUAAUGAAGACAUGUGCAUCUCAGCUUCAGCUGGAACUGGCGGAUAUAUAAAUGAGGCUAAAUCAGGCAGUGUCAGAGUCAUUUUCUCUGCUAUAGACUUUGUCAAGGUAACUUAGAACACCACGCACAGACAAGAAAUGUACUUCUACAUUACAGCGUCUGACACGUAUAACGUCUUUUCAUGGUCAAGAAAGGCAGGGAACACGUUUUUCCAGAACAAACUUUUUAUUUCAUACAGUUCAGGAUAGAAGUUCUGAUUAUGUGAGUUCCUAUUUUGUCUUUAUACCUUGAUCUCACUUGAAUGCUAUAAUGCUCAUUAGGGCUUUCCUUCAGAAAUUAACCUCCCGAUGUUCAGUUUUGCCAUUUGUCAUUUACUUGAUCAUCUGCAUCACAACAGCUAAUAGGAGACAUACAACUCUCAGCAUGCAGCCGCACUCAGAGCAGAAUAAUCACCUGAAAAUAUGUUUAUUUCAAAUGCUAAUUUUGUUUUGCCAAUCAGUAGUUUACAUAGGUCAUCCGAGUAAUUUUAAUGACCCCGAGGUUGUCAUGAUGCCGCCACAGUUCUCCAAAUGGGGC